AUGAUCAAAGAUGGCAGAAUCACCAACUGUCAGUUCAAUGAUCAUAUUGAUGAGUUUAAUGAACUUUUAUUGCAAAAUUUAAGGUUAGUUACAUCGAAUUCGAAUUCAGAAAUAUCAGAUGCAAAUUUUGAUAUUAUCAAUAAUUAUAAAAAGGAAUUGAAUUUAAACACGAAGAUCCAGAAAAAGAUUUACAUGCUAACAAGAAUAUGUAUUUCUGGAUUUUCUUUACCUACCAGUUUGCUUGUCGAUUUCACGAUAUCAUAUGACGAUUUUUAUAUGGUUCCUGUAUUAUAUUUCCGUGUAUUUCAAGAUAGCAGUAGAUCGAUUGGAGGAAAUAUAGAUGAAGCAGGAGUAACUCCAAUUACGUCUACAGAAGAACUUAUUUCUAACUAUUAUUCAGUUUUAAACUUAAACGAUGAUCUGAAUUUGGGUCCAACCAUAACUUUGGAUUCACAUCAUUUAAUAUAUGACAGCAGUGUCUGGUUUUACAUACAUCCUUGUGAAACUUUACGUACGUUAAAAGAAUUUAUGGAAGCUGAUAAUAUUCUGUUCACUUGUGAUAGUGAACAGGCUCAAGUUCUAAAAUAUCUAUGUAUUUGGUAUGCAACUUAUGGUCUUGGUGGAAUAUUUCCAUCCAUCAGUUUAAGACUUAGUCUACAAGUGUAA